CCACAAUACUUUCCGGUUCUAUUUUUGAGCUAGAACGUAAGACACUACUACGCACCAGGUUGUACAAUCUCAUUUCAACCCUCCUGAGUGAAGUACUUGGGCGACCUUUCCGAAUCCUCAUUUGACAUUCAGCCUCAAAGAAUUAGUCUGAAUCUAGUGUCAUGAUCCUAAACCUCCCACCUGAACUUAUUCAACUGGUUCUUCAGAACUGCAACACACCUGCUUUCUUAGAGGCAGCUUUCUCCUGUCGCAUUAUUCAUGAGAUCGCUUCCACUUGCCGAGAGGUUCUUCUGCAUCACCUACGGCGAACACCGGGCAUUGUCAAUCGAGACCUACGCUCCCUCAGCUCAAAACAACUCUUUCGCUUGUUGACAAAGAAUGCCUUCCAGCAAUUAUAUGGUGCGCAACAUCAUGCAGAUCGUGUAAUUUAUGACUUUGGGAACGAUGUUCUCGAUGUCAAAGCAUCCACCUUUUCAAGUUUCGAUCACCAAACCCUUGCUCUUGUCGCGCGCGGCCGGGAGAAGGUCUAUCUUUUUUGCAUUGAACAUGGCCAGCUCAGACCCCUCAGAGAGAUCAAUCUCCCUUAUGACCGCCCUGGGAUAUGCGAAGUCCUCCAGACGGCGUUUGAUGGAGAUGGUGGGCUCUACGUCCUUCAGCGGUUUGUGCCUGCCAUGGACGUGACUGAUACAAACGCAAAUCACCCAUUUAUCAAGCAAGCAAUGCAGUCUAACAUUAACGGAAUGAACUACCUCUCAUGUCACUCCCUUGACUCGCCUGGCGAGCCCGUUCGAGUGUGUGCUUUCCCAGAUCAUGCAAAUUACAAGCCUCUGGCACUUGCAGCUAUGCCAGGCGGCAGCUUUGCUAUUUCGUGGCAGCACAAUUACGAUUGUAGCGAGAAUGAAGUCGUGUUAUACACGGCUUCAACUAAUCCGCAUAGCAGUGCAAAGUCGGGUGUCAUCGAUAUUAGUUACGAUUCUUGCGUCCUUCUGGAAAGGACGAGAGAGCAGAAUGAAGGAGAUAGGUUCGCCCAAUCUAGAAACACUCGGAACUGUCUUGUCGGAAAAGGGCCCGUGGUGGGACUUGCGUUCAAUGACAGAUCUAGUCAAUUGCUAUAUCGGUACCGUGCACAAGCCUUGUACGGUUCAUUCCAGAAGAUCGAUCUCUUGCCUUUUCCAACUCAGUCUGUACUAUAUGAAAACUCAUGCCCCGUGCAAUUUUCAGAUUAUUUGACGCUGUUGUUCGGCAUUGGAGUACCAUUUUUUGGUACACAUGAAACCCGGGUGCAGAAUGGUCUCUCAAGAUGCCACUGGAAAUACCUUUCUUUUGGAAUAGCCACACAUCGUGAAGAGGACUGGACUGUCGCGUGCCUCCUGACCUCUGAGGCUGUUUGUCGAGCCAGUAACUGCGAGCAUGAACUACAUCUUGAGCGCGGACGGCGGUUACCGGACUGGACGAUCGUGGCUCGUCUUCGUGGCUUUGAGAACUCGAAUACCUCACUUGGUUGCAUAGUUGCAGCUUCCAGGUUGGGAACUCGCAUAGCUGUUGCGAACUGGAAAACAAUUUAUAUCUGGGCGCUGGAGCCAGGCGCGUUGAUUGAACAUAAUGCAACCGGAUUUUACCCGGUCUCAUCUUGGCCACCAGGCUCUGAGGCGAUUGAUUUGCAGCCUAUAGCCCUCUCACUUGAUGCUGUAUGCUUUCAGCUACGCUUUGGUUUAGGUGAAAAUGACCUGGUAGCCAUUACAGACAGAGGUCUGGUAUACUGUGAUCUCGACCCGUCCGGGGGUAGUCACAGAACAGUCUAUCAAUUGGGCAUGGAAAGUGCACCGGGUUCUUAAGAGCUUCUGGGCAAAGUUUAUAUUCAAGUGAUCAGAAGUUGCGGAUUUUUUUUGCUAACACUCCUUCUAAAUCGUCGGUCACUGAUUGCAUAUUUGAUCGUGACAAUUAGAGCUUGGGGUUAACAGUAAGCAGUAC